AUGUUUUGUCUUGUAACAGGUUCAGAAGAAUUAAACCCUGUUUUGAUGGCUUUGAAAAGGAGUGCAGAUAGGAAAGUGCCUUCCAAAAGUCUAGAGGACAUUCCAUCAGCCACCUCAAAUAAAGGAAAAAAAAAUAUUCCAAAGGAAGAAUUAGCUCUUAGUGCUGAAGAUGUUUCCGCAGUGCCUCCAGAGCCCGAGAAGCUGUUCUCGAAUCCUGAAAAACUCAAAGGACUGAGCAAGUCAGUACCAUCAUUCCUACAGGACGAGAGUGAUGACAGAGAGACAGAUACAGCAUCAGAAGGCAGUUAUUCCUUUGGCAGAAUCAAGAAGAGUCCCAGCUCUCUAACCAAUCUUAGCAGCUCUUCUGGCAUGGCCUCCUUAUCCUCUGUAAGCGGGAGUCUAAUGAGCAUCUAUAGUGGAGACUUUGGCAGUGUUGAUGUGAAGGGGAACAUCCAGUUUGCUAUUGAUUAUGUAGAGCAGCUGAAGGAGCUCCACGUUUUUAUUUGCCAAUGUAAAGACUUGGCAGUGGCAGAUGUUAAGCAACAGCGUUCAGAUCCGUAUGUAAAGACUUACUUACUUCCAGAAAAAUACAAGCUGGGCAAGCGGAAGACCUCUGUGAAAAAGAAAACUUUCAAUCCAGUCUACAAUGAAAUUCUGCGGUAUAAAAUCGAGAAGUCGGUCCUAAAGAACCAAAGGCUCAAUAUCUCUGUCUGGCACAACGACACCUUUGGGAGGAACAGUUUCCUUGGUGAAGUGGAGCUAGAUUUGGGAACGUGGGACUGGAAUGAUAAAACAAACAAGCAGAUCAACUGGUUUCCACUUAAGCCAAGGGCUUCAAUGAUGGCUCUUGAACUGGAAAACAGAGGGCAAAUGAAAAUAGCCCUCCAAUACGUCCCACAGCCUGUUGGAGGAAAAAAGAUUCCAACCACUGGUGAGGUCCACAUCUGGGUGAAGGAAUGCCAUGACCUUCCUCUUCAGAGAGGCAACAGGCUCAACUCUUUUAUUAAGUGGUAACAACUGUGGUUAUAAACAUCACAUGCAGUGACCUAAUAAU